UCAAAAAACCUUUUAUUAAAACAAACUUUAACAUAGAUUUUAAGAAUGUUAAUAUUAUAUUUUUGUCAAUCAAUCUUCAGAAUCAGGAGUGUUUAGUUUCGUUAAUUAUAAAUACAGUGAAAAUUCACUGUACCUAAGGAUGCGUUUUUUGAUAGGUACAGUGAAAAUCUAUUUUUAGAAUAUUUUUAAAAUUUACUUUCAUUUUCCAAAAUGCGCAUGCUUUAAAACAACGAGUAUAUUUUCGAAGAGAGUUCUUGAAUAAAAUUUAGUAGUUAGAAGAUUUUCAAUAAGAUUCUCAAAGAUUAAAAAAUGAAGGACAUUUUCAUGAAGAAUUUUAGAGAUUUUGAUGAAGCAGAAAAGUCUGUUAUUGAAUAUUGUAGAAUGAAUUUUCACCCCGUCAAAAUCGACUCAAAAGAAAAAGUUGAACAUUAUAAUAAAAAAGUAAAGGAAGGUUCCCAGAUAUGUUGUAUUCCUCUUAACGCUAUAUAUGGUUGUAGGUGGAUAUGCAAACAUUAUGGAGAAGUAAUGCCCAGUGUCUUAAAGAGAGGCAAAGGGUUACGAGAAAAUAGCGUGCUAGCAAGUGGUUGUAAGAUGGUUAUUUAUGUAGCCUAUAAAAAAGAAAUAAGGAGUUAUUAUAUUAAGAAAAAAAAUUUAGUUCAUAAUCAUCCACAUGGGCCUGAGCAGUUUGGUAUCUAUAGUUCAGAACGUCAACCAAAAGGUGUUCUCGAGCAGCAGACAAUGCUUCUGCUAUCUCAUGGUGCUAAUCCUACACUUAUAACAGACAAUUUAAACAGGCAUGGUUUAAAGACUAGACCUUGUAAUAUAUAUAUAACAUAAAGCAAAGAAUGAAAUUUAAAGGUUUUUGUUAUGGUUGAAAUUUCAAUUUUAAAUUGUAUGACUUUUCUAAAAGGUUAAUUAUCUUUUCUAAAA